AUGAUCAACGUGGCAAUUGAUUAUACGUGGACAGCGGCGUUCACAGCUGUGUUCGCCAUUGUAUUUGGUGUAUACUGGUUUUCGAGGUCUAAGAAGCAAUACAACUUGCCACCGGGACCAAAAGGAUGGCCAUUUGUAGGAAUGCUAUACAAUUUGGGCGAUACACCACAUAUACAGUUCAUGGAAAUGGCGAAGAAGUUUGGAAAUGUAUUUUCAAUGAAAGUCGGUACCCAACGCGUAAUAGUGUUAAAUGGCUAUAAAGCUGUGACUGAAGCAUUGGUGGAUAACAACUCCAUAUUUUCUGAAAGACCAGAUGCAUGGACGCUCAAAAGAGUGAAGAAUGGUGAUGGUGACAGUCCGGACAUUUAA